AUGUCGGGGGCCGGUCAGGAUGACUCUGCCGCGUCGUUUAUCGGCGCUCUGAUCUCGCUGACGUCGAGGUCGAACAUGCGUUACCAGGGUGUGCUGUCGAAUAUCGACGCUGCGCAGGCCACGCUGGCUUUGGAAAAGGGCCAGCCGCAGGACGAAGUCCCUGGAAAUGAUAAGGUGUAUGAUUAUAUUGUCUUUCGCGCGGCCGACGUCGUCGACCUGCGCAUCGACGACCCUUCGCCGGGCAAGACGGAGCCGGACCCGGUGGUGACCGCGUCGGAGCAAUCGCCACUUCCUGCGCACUCCCCGGCGCCGGGACUGCCUAUGCAGGGCAUGCCCCCGCCUGGCAUGCCCCCGCAUAUGCCCCCGCACAUGAGCCCGUACGGACCCAUGUACCCGCCGAACAUGUACGGCAUGCCGCCCGAGGGCUUUGCGUACAACCCCUACAUGCAGCCCGGCAUGAUGGGCAUGCCCCCUCCCGGUCCCCAAGGCGCACCGUUCGGUAUGCCGCCGCCCCACAUGCAGGGUAUGCCGCCGCCGCCUAUGCCGCAGCCGGAGGCUUCGCCGAGCAUCGCGAAGCAGACCGAUGCUCCGGCGCCCGCUGCGGCGCCGACGCCCGCGCCGCAGGCGGACGUCGCAAAAGUGCAGGCGGACCUUGCGUCGCUCCAGGUCGAUGCAAAGCCCACCGCGCCCAAGGCGGAAAAGGCCAAGGAGCCGGUGCAGCCCAAGGCCGAGCCCAAGCCGGACGCCAAGCCUGCGCCCACGGCCGAGCCGCAGCCUGCUCUUGCGCAGCCCGCUGUCCAAGAGGCGGUGGUGCAGCAGCGCCAAAAGCCGACCGUUCCUGGUGCUGCGCCUGGCCGUGCUGUUGCACACAAGGUCCCGGUCGGCGACUACGACUUUGAGAGCGCCAACGCCCGUUUCCAAAAGACACAAGCGGCGCCGGCCAAGCUGGACGCCAUUCCGCCGGCGGCCGAGACGCCUACGAGCUUCUACGACAAAAAGUCGGGCUUCUUUGACAACAUCAGCAGUGAAGUCAAGGACCGCCACGAGCGCCGUGGCCCCAACACGGAGGCUGGCGCGCCCCGCGAGCGUUUUGUGGACGAGCAGGCCCGCAACAUGCAGACGUUUGGUGAUAAUGCAGCGGGCUACCGCGGCGCUGGCCGUGGACGCGGCCGCAGCGGGCGUGGCCGCCGUGGCCGUGGCCGUGGCCGGGGCGGCGGCAGCAAGCCCGAGUGGGCCGACUAG